GGAGAAGAGGGGCCCGGGCAACUCCAACAGCAGGGGUGAGACUUUGGCCCCUGGAGCGGGGUUGGUUGAGGCUGAGCUCGAGCUCCUGGAGGGUGGAGGCGGCCGAUGUGGAAGCCUCUGGGAAGUGGGGGACAAGGCUGAAGAUGGAGAGGCUGAACUUAAAGCCUAGAGGAAGGAACUAAGAUGGGAGAAAAUGAACUAAGACUAGGGGCGGAGAGGAGAUUUAGGUUCGGGGUAGAGAAGAGAGGCGGAGUGGAGCUGAUCUUGGAGGAACGGGGCUUUAUGGAUCUCCUCUCCACCCUCCACCCUCCAGCCCCCAGCCCCCAGCUCCUCUAUUCCAUCUGGGGCUGGCUGAGUCCCGGGCCCCAUGGGAUCAUCAACGGCGGGAAUGAACUACAGGAACAACUUAGAUUGGGACAAAUCGCCGGCGUCCAGCAACACCGAUAACUCCCAGGUUUCUCUGCUCCGGAAUCUGGAUUUGCCGUUGGGGUGCGUGCGGGGUGUGCAAUGCCCCCGGUGCCGGGACAGGAGGAGGAAUGCUCGGUGCCGGAGAUGGAUUGAGGAGUGUGCGAACGCGUACGCGAUCGCGCAGGAGGACAGAGCCCGAGACCUGGACCAGAACCAAGACUGGGACAGGGACCUGGACGGGGACGGGGACGGGGACGGAGACGGGGACGGAGACGGAGACGUGGACGCGGACGGGGACGGGGACGGGAACAGCUCCACGUGGUGCAUUCAGUACCCAAGCCGAGACGGCCACUGCUAUAUCCAGAGAAGCUCCCUUUCCUCCGAACCCCCUCGGACGAGGCAGCGUGAGGCCUUCGGUUUGCAGUGGCUUGAUCCUCUGGAGCUGACCCUGGACGUGACCGCCGGGCUGGCCCUGCUGUCCUUGCUAGGAGGAGAGAACUUCGAAGUGCUGCUGCCGCCCUUGUUCCUCUUCAUGAUUUACCUGCUGCUCACAAAGCCCCUGGCGAUGGUACUGGGCUGCAGGAGGCGAUCUCGAAGCCAGACUUGGGGAUCGUUUUAAAGUGGAGCUAGUGCACUCUCAGCCCCGAAUGCAGGGAAGGUCUCCUCGGAAUACAGACCAUAUCUUCGAAUAUUGAAGCCCACAUCUGGAAUACAGGGCCCCGACCAGAAUACAGAUCCCAUCUCCUUAAUCUCUGUCCAAACUCCAACAGGAAUCUUGGACUGGAAAGCAAACACAGGAGCCCAAAAGACAGCCCAAGUACAAAGGACCCCAGCCCCAAACAAGACCCAGCCUGGAAAACAUCUGAACAAAGUAAUAAAGGGGCCCUGACUCAGCCA